GCUAAGUCCUAUUUCCUUAGCCGCCUUUUUUUUAGGUUUCGGAAUUCUUAGAUAUCCUUUAAACCAGCCUAGAUAUCGCUUGAGAGUAUAUACUGGAUUAAUAGCAGCUUUUGGGAUGACAGUAAAUUUGCUUACAGCAAUAAUAUCCAUAAUUAUCACCAUUUGCGAAUACGAGAAAUACCGGCAGUAUACAAGGAAGUUAGAUCUUGUGGAUGAUACAUUGGAAGAGCUCGGUAUACCCAAAGAAUACCAUAAAAUGAGAAAUUUGACAAGAAAAGCGUUGAUUAUAUGGUUUUUAAUGAUUUGCGUAACAUGGACUUCGAAUUCUUUAGCGUGUAUAGGAAUAUUCCAUGAUACAAGAGCCAUAUUUCUGCCUUUUGUUAUGUCUUAUUCUAUGUACGUUAACAGCAUCACGGACAUAACGUUUAUUCUUUUUCUAAGACAUAUCGGUGCAAGUCUAGAUAAAAUAAACAAUCAUAUUAAGCAACUAUCAGAAACAGAAGACUGUGGACUAAGAUGCAAGUGGAAAAAAUUUCUUGUCGUUAAUAAUUACAACGUUCGAAAUGCUAAGAAUUGCAAACACAUAUUAUGGAUCGUAAUACAUCUCCAUUUGGAACUUUGCCGAACAGCUCGUGAUAUAAAUGGUUUCUUCGGACUACAAAUGACUUUGCAAAUGAUAACCUAUUUCAUUGUCUUAAACGCAGGGUCUUACUUUGAAUAUUACACGAUAUUACAUCUAAAAGAAAUAAACAGUAACAUAAUAUUAUACACAUCUGUUUCUAGUAUGAUAUGGUUUCUCGUAUUUUUAACAAAACUCAUAUCAGUGAAUCACAUUUGCGAAAGCGUUAGCGCUAAGGCGCACAAGACCAAGAGCAUUAUACACAAAUUAACAAAUCUCAUUUGUUUUGCGGAAGCUCGCGAAGAGAUUUAUCAGUUUGUUUUGCAAGUAUCAUUACGGCCAUUGAAGUUUAACGGAUGCGGACUAUUUUGUUUUGGCUACGCCUUUAUUCGUAAGUUUUUCGUCUGGACUCUCACCAUCGUUAUUUUUAUGGCGCAAAUGGGUUUUGUUCCUGUAUGGAAUGAAAUUGACAGAAAAAAUACAGCAAAUAGCUCAUAUAUGCGAUUGUGA